CGCCCCACGCCGGGCGGGGCCUGGGGCCCGCCCCCUCCGCUCUUGGCCUGAGAGUCCCAGGCCCAAGCCACGCGGUCUCCCGGGGCCGGCCCGGGCUCGAUGGCGACGUGGAGGCGGGACGGCCGGCUGACAGGCGGCCAAAGGCUGCUGUGCGCGGGGCUGGCAGGGGCGCUCAGCCUCAGCCUCACCGCGCCCCUGGAGCUCGCCACCGUGCUGGCCCAGGUUGGCGUCGUGCGAGGCCUCAGCCGGGGGCCGUGGGCCACUGGGCACCGCGUGUGGCGGGCAGAGGGGCCCCGGGCCCUGUGGAAGGGGAAUGCAGUGGCGUGCCUGCGCCUCUUCCCCUGCAGCGCCGUGCAGCUCGCCGCCUACCGCAAGUUUGUCGUGCUAUUCACAGAUGACCUGGGCCACAUUUCCCAGUGGAGCUCCAUCAUGGCUGGGAGUCUCGCAGGCAUGGUUUCCACCGUUGUAACAUAUCCUACAGACCUUAUCAAAACCCGGUUGAUCGUACAGAACAUGCUGGAACCAUCGUACAGGGGGCUCCUCCAUGCUUUUUCUACUAUUUACCAACAGGAAGGGUUCCUGGCCCUUUAUCGAGGGGUUUCCCUCACUGUUGUAGGUGCUCUCCCGUUCUCUGCUGGCUCCCUUCUUGUUUACAUGAACCUGGAGAAAAUCUGGAAUGGACCCCGAGAUCAGUUUUCUCUCCCACAGAACUUUGCUAAUGUCUGUCUGGCUGCUGCAGUAACCCAGACCCUCUCCUUUCCCUUCGACACUGUGAAGAGAAAGAUGCAGGCUCAGAGCCCCUACCUCCCACACAGUGGAGGAGUAGAUGUCCAUUUCUCAGGAGCAGUGGACUGCUUCCGGCAGAUAGUGAAGGCCCAGGGUGUCCUGGGGCUCUGGAAUGGAUUAACAGCCAAUUUACUGAAGAUAGUUCCAUAUUUUGGAAUUAUGUUUAGCACCUUUGAGUUCUGCAAGAGAAUCUGUCUUUAUCAAAAUGGUUACAUUCUGUCUCCACUGAGCUAUAAAUUGACCCCAGGAGUUGAUCAGAGUUUGCAGCCCCAGGAAUUAAGAGAAUUAAAGAAGUUCUUCAAAAUGAGAAAACUGAAGUCUAAAAAACCAACUCUAUAAAAUGGAAUGGAACUAGAAGUGCACUGACGGCGUGUUGCAAUCACAAAUAACUGUAGCCUCAUAACUGGGCACCUAAGGAGGGAGGAGAAGCUACUGUUGUCUGCUGCUCUGGGAUAUGAGACAGUCUGGUCACACACCACCUCAAAUCUCCAAACUGAUGCCCCCAUGAACUCCUGCACCAUGAGGUUUCCCAACAUGAGUGUGUCAUGAUGGCAUUCCACGAGAUUUUGUAAUCAGAGUCUAGCAGUGAUAAAAUGUACAAUUUAUGCUCUGAAGAGAAACAUAACACCAAAGAAAGGGCAUUGUUAUAACAUCUCAAAGCAACAUGUAAUUGACGUGGCUGAGUGGAUACCACAUUGUGAGCAGAGCCACCAGGUCACCUGUACUUAAUGCAAAGCUUGCACAAACCAAUGUCAGCCUAGUUUUGUUUAGUUUGACCUGAGACUUCCCAAUACAAUCUGUUGUUUUGUUUUGUUUUUAGAGACAGGGUCUUGCUCUGUCACCCAGGCUGGAGUACACUGACACAAUAAUAGCUCACUGCAGCCUCAAACUCCUGGGCUCAAGAUAUCCUCCUGCUUCAGCCUCCCAAGGGUUGAGACCAUAGGUGUGUACCACCACACCUAAUUUUUUUUGGGGGGGGGUCUUGCUAUGUUGCCCAAGCUGGUCUUGAACUCCUGGGCUCAUGCAGUCCUCCUGCCUUGGCCUCCCAAAGCACUGGGAUUACAGGUGUGAGCUACUGCACCCUGCCCCAAUACAAUCUUUCUUGAACUCAAAUUUUUGCUGACUUCUGAGUGUACACACCACCCAGUGAUGUGUAUCACAAUAGUGAUAGCUUUUAAAUGUUCGAUAUUUUUAUUUGGUUUCUGAUGAAACCAAAUAAAAAUAUCGAACAUUUAAAAGCUAUCACCAUUGUAGUAGAAUCAUCCUCCUUUUUUGAAAUUUGAAGCAUCCCAGGCUUAAAAUCUCGUGUUUCAGGAAGACAGUUUAUACCAUGACUGCUUAAUUAUGCCCCAAAGACCUUCUUCUGAUUGAAGUCAUGUACAGUUCAGUGGCCUGAAUUCUCUGCCUUUUUUACUUGCUUUGCAAGCCUUCCCUGAAAAUAAAUUCUUUAGUCAAGUUAUUCUCAAAGAUGUCCCAGUUGCCUAGAAAGGAUCAAAUGGAACAUUUGACACACAUACCCAAAAAAAUGUAAGUGACUAUAAACACUUUAGCCUAAUCAUCUGUAUCAAACUUUCUAAAAAUCAAAUUUGAGGAUUGUCCACCUUAGGAAUUCUAAGUAAAGUUUAAAUAACUAUACUUUUCAAAUAGCACCUAUCCAUGCAUUUUUAAAUGCCUUAAUAUAAGGCCAGGUGCGGUGGCUCACACCUGUAAUCCCAGCACUUUGGGAGGCCGAGGCAGGUGGAUCAUGAGGUCAGGAGUUCAAGACCAGUCUGGCCAAAAUGGUGAAACCCUGUCUCUACUAAAAAUACAAAAAAAUUAGCCAGGCAUGGUGGCAUGCGCCUGUAAUCCCAGCUACUCAGGAGGCUAAGGCAGGAGAAUCACUUGAAACCAGAAGGCAGAGGUUGCAGUGAGCUGAGAUCACGCCACUGCACUCCAGCCUGGGCAACAAGAGCAAAACUCCAUCUCAAAAAAUAAAAAUGUAUUAAUAUCUAACAUUAAAUUGUUAAUUUAUACACACACGUACACUCACACAGAGAUUUUCAGUAUGUUGCAAGUAUUUUUUCCUGUUAAAUUUAUUUUCCAAAGAAAAAAUGAUGUGUUGGGCAUUUAUUGCUAAUCUGAGUUAUAAAACUAUGGUUAAAUACAUCCUAGCCAAAUCUGUAAACUCUCUGAACCUUAUCCUAUUUAAGUAUACCAAAAUAAUUCACUUUUCCAACUGCUGCAGCAUUCUGUUUAUGGAGAAUGGCAGUUAACACACACACACAUGGAAAUCUCAUCUGUAGCUCAAUCUGUUACAGUUUGGAGGGUGGUAGAUUCUUUACCCAGAGUGAAUAGUUCAUGUUUAUUACUCUUUAUUUUCCUUGAAACAGACAACUUUUCAAACAGUUCUAAAAGCUGCAAAAAUAUUUUUUAUUUUAUUUUUUUAACUAACUCUAAAAUCCUAACCUCAUAUUAAUUCAUGAUAAUAUCUUGUAUAUUCUUCCACAAGUUUUUUUUUUUCUUUUGAAAAAAAUUGUCACCUAGGCUGGAGUGCAAUGGCGCAAUGUCAGCUCACUGCAACCUCUGCCUCCUGAGUUCAAGCCUCAGGCUCCCAAGUAGCUGGGAUUACAGGCACCUGCCACCAUGCCUGGGUAAUUUUGCAUUUUAGUAGAGACAGGGUUUCACCAUGUUGGCCAGGCUGGUCUCCAACUCCUAACUCUAGGUGUUCUACCCACCUCCACCUCCCAAAGUGCUGGGAUUACAGGUGUGAGCCACUGCACCCUGCCCUUCCACAAGUAUUAUUAAAUAGAUAGCCAAGCUCUUGCAGUUGUCAUGCACAGAAAUGUUUUCUGAGCUACAGUUUUUAUUUUUUCUUCAUUAAAUUAAGAGGGGAAAAUAAUAUGCCUGAUUUUUCUAAUUUCAGAAGAACUCUAAAACUCUUGUUCUAUUUCUAAAAUAAACUUCCAACUAAUUUCAUUUCCUUGGAGGUAUGAAGAGAGAGUUCUGCCUUUCUGCUUUAUGGCUGACAGUGAGCACCACACGGGACUAAGUACUUGAGAAGGAUUAUAAAGAUGUGUGAUGCAAUAUUGAUUCAGAAGGAAUUUAUGGGCUUAAGGAACAAAACAUACAUACCUACAUAUAUGUAAUGACUGAUUACAAAUCAAAUGCAAAGGCAUGAUAAUGUGGUAUCAACUGUUUCUAAGAUUGCCAAGGAGCUUAUACUUAGUGAAUAAAAAACUGAAGGGGUCAUAACAGGGGAGAGGGACUAGUGAUCAACAGAGAUUUGGGGAGGUUGUGAGUUUUAUUUUUGUUUUUAGACAGAGACUCAUUCUGUCACCCAGGUUGACUAACUGCAACCUCUGCCUCCCGGGUUCAAGCUAUUCUCAUGCCUCCGCCUCCUGAGUAGCUCGGACUACAGGCAUCUGCCACCAUGCCUGGCUAAUUUUUGUAUUUUGUUGGUAGAGAUGGGGCCAGGCUGGACUCGAACUUGUGGCCUCAGGUGAUCCACCUGUCUCAGCCUCCCAAAGUGCUGGGAUUACAGGCAUGUCCCACCACACCCAGCCAUGAGUCUUGAACUAAAUUUUGAAGGAAGUUAAGGGAUAUGUAUUGGUCACGAAUAGGAAGGCAUUGCAGGUUAAUGUCAGGGCAUAUGCAGUGUCACAGAGAUGGAAGCAAGCAAAAGUGGUUUAGAGUAAGAAAAGUGGCUUUGUGUAUUUAUUCAAUAACUGCUAGACACUACAGACACAGUGGCACAAAAGGCAGAUAAUAAGGUCCUUGCCCUCAAGGAGCUUAUUCUAGUGAGAGUGGCAGUCAAUAAACAAAUAAACCAAUCAAUAAUUUAGGUAAUCAUGGACUAUAAUGUUAUGAGGGUGCUUAUAUACAGGUUGCUUUAUUGGAGAAUUAUGUGGAGGUAAGGGGAAGGGGAAUAUUUUAUUUUUGGUUUUUGUUUUGUUUUGUUUGAGACAGGGUCUCACUCUGUCAUCCAGGCUGGAGUGCAGUGGUGUGAUUUCAGCUCACUGCAACCUCUGCCUCCCUGGCUGAAGCCAGAGGGGAAUAUUUUAAAUCAGGAUGCCAGAGAAGGCCACUCUGACAAGUGACAUUUGAGAUGAGACCUGAAGGAUGAGAAUGAGCCAACCAUGCAAAGAACUAGGGAAGGCUGGUCAAAGUGCAGUGGGGUUUACAAGUAAUUGAUCACAACCAGCUACAUAUUUCUUUGUUCCUUCCUACUCACACUGCUUCACUUGACUUAAAAAGUGAAAAAAUGGGAGCCGGGUAUGGUAAUCCCAGUACUUUGGGAGGCCAAGGCAGGUGGAUUACUUGAGGUCAGAAAUUUGAGACCAGCCUGGCCAACAUGUCAAAACCCCAUCUCUACUAAAAACAGAAAAAUUAGCCCCACGUGGUAGUGCACACCUGUAAUCUCAGCUACUUGGGAGGCUGAGGCAGGAGAAUCGCUUGAACCUGGGAAGUAGAGGUUGCAGUGAGCCAAGAUCGUGCCACUGCACUACAGCCUGGGUAACAGAGUGAGAUUCCAUCUCAAAAACCAUCAUUCUCAGCAAACUGACACAAAAACAGAAAACCAAACACCACAUGUUCUCACUCAUAAGUGCGUGUUGAACGAUGAGAAUGCAUGGACACAAGGAGGGGAACAUCACACACCGGGCCCUGUCAGGGGGUGGGGAGCUAGGGGAGGGAUAGCAUUAGGAGAGAAAUACCUAAUGUAGAUUGCAGUGGGAUGGAUGCAGCAAACCACCAUAGCAUGUGUAUACCUAUGUAACACACCUGCAUGUUCUCCACAUGUACACUAGAACUUAAAGUAUAAUAAUAAUUUUGAAAAAUAAAGAAUGAGGGAGAAGAGCAUUCCUGGCAGAGAGAAAAACAAGUGCAAAAGUGUGGCAGUGGGAAAGACCUGGUGAACAGAAAGGAGGCGAGGGUAGCCAGAGUGUGGUGAGAGUGGGAUGAGAUGAGACUGGAGAGAGCGAGCCAGAUCUUAUGUGGCCAUACGGGCCAGAACAAGAAGUUAGAUUUUAUUCUAAAUGCAGUGGGGAGGCAUCGAAGAUUUUAAAGCAGAAAAGCAAUAUAAUCUGACUUUGAUUUUUUUUUUUUUUUUUUUUUGAGACGGAGUUUUGCUCUUGUUACCCAGGCUAGAGUGCAAUGGCGUGAUCUCAGCUCACCGCAACCUCUGCCUCCUGGGUUCAAGCAAUUCUCUUGCCUCAGCCUCCCGAGUAGCUGGGACUACAGGCGCGCACCACUAUGCCCAGCUAAUUUUUGUAUUUUUAGUAGAGACAGGGUUUCAUCUUGUUGACCAGGAUGGUCUCGAACUCUUGACCUCGUGACCCACCCGCCUUGGCCUCCCAAAGUGCUGGGAUUACAGGCGUGUGCCACCACGCCCGGCCUGACUUUGAUUUUUAAAAGAUUACUCAGUUGCUGUGUGGAGAACGGAUAGGAGGGAAGCAAGGCUGUGAGAAGACCAGUUAAGAAGCGAUUUCGGAAGUCCAAGCAAGAAAGGAUGGCUUGGACUAGAAUAGUGGCAAUAAAGAUGGGGAGGAAUGAAUGAGUUCAAGAUGUAUUCUGGAGGUGGACUCAGCAUCAUUUGCCAAGCAAUUGAAUGUAGGGAGUUAAAGAAAGGAGUCAAGGGUGGCACCCAGGCUUUUGGUUUUUGUUUUUCUGAGACAGGAUAUCUGUUGCUCCCGGCUGGAGUGCAGUGGAGCUAUUUCGGCUCACUGCUGAAAUAGAACUCCAUCUCCCGGGUUCAAGCAAUCCUUCCACCUCAGCCUCCUGAGUAGCUGGGAUUACAGGCACAAGCCACCAUGCCUGGCUAAUUUUUGUAGACAUGGGCUUCACCAUGUUGCCCAGACUGCUCUCAAACUCUUGAGCACAGGUUAGCAAGGCUUGCCUUAGCAUCCCAAAGUGCUGGGAUUACAUGUGGCUGGUUUUUGGCUUUUGACUUGAGAACAGGUAGAUCAUCUGGCCAUUUGCCGAUGUGGGGAAGACCGAGGAGGGCCAGAAUUUUGGUGGGGAGGAAUUAAAAGUUCUGUUUUGGAAAUGUUAAAUUCAAAAUGCCCAUGAGACAUGCAAGUAGAGAAGUCAUAGUGGGCUGGAGCACACGCUGUCUAUGUAACCGUCCAAACCAGUCGCGGUAAGCAGAAUAAUGGCCCCUACCAAAGGUGUCCACACCUUAACCCCCAGAACCUGUGAAUAUGUUACCUUUCCUGACAAAAGAGACUUUGCAGAUGUGAUUACUGUUACAGACAUUGAGAUGGAGGGAUUCUCCUGGAUUUGUUGGGUGGGCCCAAUCUAAUCACAAUCCUUAAAUCCCAGCACUUUGGGAUGCCGAAAUGGGCGGAUCAUUUGAGGUCAGGAGUUCGAGACCAGCCUGGCCAACAUGGUGAAACCCCAUCUCCACUAAAAAUACAAAAAUUAGCCGGGUGUGGUGGCAAACACCCAUAAUCCCAACUACUCGGGAGGCUGAGGCACGAGAAUCACUUGAACCUGCAGAGGUUGCAGUGAGCCAAGAUCAUGUCACUACAAUCCAGCCUGGGCGACAGAGCGAGACUCUGUCUCAAAAAAAAAAAUCACAAGUGGAAGAGGAAGGCAGAAGAAUGGGUCAAGAAGAUGCAAGGAUGGAAUAAGAGGCAGGAGAAAUGAGGCCUGAGGAGAAGUGGAUUCACCAUUGCUGGCUUUGAAGACAAAGAUUUCCAGGAGCCAAUGACCUCUAAAAGCUGAGCAUGACCCUCAGCUGACAGCCAGCAAGGAAACAAAGGACCUCAGCCCUACAGUCACAAUCAACUGGACUCAGACAAGAACCUGAAUGAGCAAGCUAACAAAUUCGCCUCUGGAACCUCCAGAAAGGCACUCGGGCCUGUGGACCCUUCAAUUUUGGCCCAGUGAAACCUAUGUCAGACUUGUGACCUACAGAACUGCAAGCUAAUACAUUUGUGUUGUUUAAACCAAUGCAUUUGUGGUAAUGUUAUAGCAGCCAUAGGAAACUAGCAUAUCAGAACAUUACUGAUAAUUAUUUAAGGAUAAUAGGGACAAGUCUAGAGUUUGGGCAAAAGUGAUGACUGGAGAGAUAGGAAUUUGAGUGUCAUCAGCAGACAGAUGGUAUUUAAAGCCAAGGGACUGAGGAGUGGAUGGGAAGAAACCUCUGGGGGAAGGGGAAACAACAAAAACUGACACUGAAGAUCGUGGCUAAAGAAAGGCCUCAAGAUGGCUGGGCGUGGUGGUCACACCUGUAAUCCCAGCACUUCGGGAGGCCAAGGUGGGCAAUCACUUGAGGUCAGGAGUUCGAGACCAGCCUGACCAACAUGGUGAAACCCCGUCGCUACUAAAAAUACAAAAAUUACCUGGGUAUGAUGGUGCACUCAUGUAGUCCCAGCUACUUGGGAGGCUGAGGCAGGAGAAUCGCUUCAACCUGGGAAACGGAGGUUGCUGUGAGCCAAGAUCAUACCACUGCAUUCCAGCCUGGGCAACAGAGCAAGACUGUCUCAAAAAAAAAAAAAUGGGACUUGAAUCAGGCAUGCUGACUUGAAGCCCUAGUACAUUCUAUUGUGAUGCAGGUGCCUCUAAUCUAAUCACAAAGACAAUGAGGAGGGAAAAAACAAAUAUAACAACAAUAGAAGACUGGAGAAGGGAUAGACACAGGGGGAAAGUCGUGUACCAGCAGAAAGCAAAAAUAAAUUCUUCAGUCAUAA